GGGUUGGCGGCGGCGUCGUCCAUGGAGAUGGGGAAUGGGUGGAGGGGCGAUCGAUGGGGAAUGGGGGAUAAAUGUUGGCGGUCGGCGGGCGAUAACGAUAAGAGCACGGUCGGGACGCGCUAAUUUAGCCAUUACACGCUCUGGUCGCGUCCGCCCGUUGUUAGGGCUGAGAAAGUGACAUUUCAAGACUGCGCUGCUGCUGCUGGGACAACGAAUACGAAUUAUGGACGAGGGAGAACGAAAUGUUUUGACGGAGCAGUCGGUUGUGUUGAGGCAGGAGCUUAAGGUUUGGGAGAGGGAGUUUGCGGCUGGGAAUGGGGGGAUGAAGGCUGGGAGGGAGGAUAUUAAGCAGAACUCUCAUUUAGCUCAAAAGUAUAAAGAUUACAAUCGAAUUCGAGAUAUUCUCGCUGGCAAGAUACCCGCGAAACCUCUCGCAAAACCGAAGCCCAAGACGUCAGAAACUACCACGGCUCGCCCCUCAAAACGAAAAUCCCCUUCCAAUACACAUGGGACGCCCGCCAAACGACGAGCAGCCGUAGAGUCUCAAACACCCUCGCAGAUACACCCCCAGCCUUCGACAGCCGGCCCAUUCGACACACCCUCAGCGAACCGCCUCCUCUUCACUCCCCAAAAGCCCCGUGUCAUCGGACCCACGCCGCAGAAAGAUGGCAAGUUCCUCGGCAUCUUCGACGCCGUGCCUAGCGGCGACGAAGUCUCGCCGUUGAAGCAGCCGGCCGCUCCCACCGACGCCCCAAGCAUCCAAGAGACCCCGCGGAAAUCGAAAGAUGCCGAUGGCGGGAUCGUGGCUACGCCGAGCGCGGCGAGGCAUUCGAGGACGCCGCUGUCGAGCAGUAAGCGCUUCUUGCUGGAUACAUUUGUGACGCCAUUGAAGCGCCGGAGGGGGAGCAAUGAGGGUAGCGUCAGACAGGCAUCGUUAACGCCUAGUUCUGUGUCGAAGCUGAAUCUCUCUACGCCUUCGUUUUUGCGGCGGGAUAACAGGAUCGCUGCGCUUCCGGCUAUAAUUGAAGAUUCUGCGGAUGCGUUAUCCCCACCGGCACCAAGAAUGCCGAAGAGGUCGCUUGUUAGGGGGUUGAGCAGCAUGCUGGCGAGUCUGAGGGAGAUGCAAGAGGAAGCGCUGGAUGAUGAUCUUGAUGCACUCCGGGAGAUGGAGAGUGGCCCGCCACCUCCGAAUGCUGCCCCGAAGCAGGUAUUACCCAAACCUCAAGCGCCGAAACUACAAGAAAGCGUUCAGGUCAGGGAUAGUCAGCAGCUUACCGAUUUCCCCUUUAUCGACUUCCCGGAUCUGGAUUUCAAUAACGAUGGCAAGGAUGAGGAUGAUGAGCUGGGGGAGAGGGAGCAGGCGAUUGCGGAUAGGGAUAGCAAACUUCCUGUUUACAAGAAGAAGGGCCAGAAGAGGACGACGCGGAAGGUCAAUAUUCGGCCUUCGAGGGCUAAAGCGCCAGCUCAAGAGGCUGCUCCUACGACUUGCUCCGAUGAUGAAGAUGACGAGUACGAUGCUGGGCAGGAUGAUACGCAAGGCGGGGACACUCAGAACCCAGAUCUCGUCCCCGAUACGCAGGAAGGCUUUGAAGCAGACUCGCUACCUCUUUACAAAGCCGUCCGUAACUUUGACUCGGGCUCGGAUAACAGCACACAGUACACUGCCUCAGAAGGAGGGACGAGAUACAAGAGGAGCAAACAGAAGACUACAGGACGCAGGCAGAAGAUUGGGGCACAGGUGCAUACGAAUUACAAGAGGAUGAAGCUGAAGAAUUCGGGAGCGAAAGGGGGAAGGGUUGGAGGGAAGUUUGGAAGGAGGAGGUGAUUGUGAGGAUGGCUGUUUGGCUUUGCUGUGGCUGUAGGAUGGGUGUACACGAAUUAUGAAACUUACGAUGGUUACAAUAGCAUGUUGCAUUGGAGAGGUAUCCCCUAAAACACCCGCGAGAAUUUCUCGUCGCGAUAUAUAUAAUUGUCUCCGCAUUCAUGGAUGAAUGGCUGUGCGGGCCGAAUGGACAAUCUUUCACCCCCCAAUUGGCGCCAAGUCCGUGCUCAGAUCAGAUUAUGGAGUCGGAGCAGCGUCUGUAUGGAACCAUGAAACUUGCGGCUUUUAAUUGUUAUGAAUGCCUCUCUCUCACGAACCUUGAAUCCUCGGAAUUGCCUGGGGCCAUUUUCCAGAUCCCUUUUCCCUCUCUUGGUUGCUGUUGCGUUGCUGUUGCGUUGCUGUAAGUUACUGUAGCCCUUGGCGGUAAUUGGCCGGGCUGGGCUGGUGGGCCGAGUUCGAAUGCGCAAGGCGGGUUUUGGCUGCCUGCCCCUCCCUCCUCCGUCCGUUUUCGAUUCCGUGGCUCCGAUUGGGCUGAUUUGCGGUUCGGGACGAAACUACAUCAUCAUACC